AUGCACUCCUUCCUCUUGGCAGCAGCUCUGCUGGCCAUCAGUACGGUCGCAAAGCCGUUCAAUACCCGUGCUUCAGCCACACCAAGAUGUAUUCCAGGUCAAUCAUGCUUCCCAACAGUGAACGAAAUAAACGCAUUCAAUGCAUCAUUAGACGGACAAAUGUUUUCUCAACGACCAAUUGAGGCAUACUGUUAUUUAGGUGAUCCAUUGUUCAAUCUUGCAAAAUGUUCAAACUACACGACCAAUUUCUUGAACUUACAAUACCUCACCGAAAACUCGCAGACCUACGAAGUUCCAACAUGGGAAACGUGUGGGAUAGGUAAUUCAUGUCAAUUAACAUCCGGUUCUUUACCCGUUGCCGGUCAAUGUAAACAAGGAAAUGUACCAAAUUAUGCCGUCGAAGCUCAAACACAAGAUGACGUUGUAAAAUUUAUGAAUUUUGCAAGUAAAUACAACCUACGUAUCGCUAUCAAAAAUACAGGUCAUGAUUAUCAAGGUCGUUCGGCCGGUCGUAAUACGGUAAUGCUUUGGUUACACAAAAUGAAAGAAAUGAAUUUUGCAAAAUCAUACAUCCCCCAAGGAUGUGACGCAAGCUCAUCAUCUUUUGAUUCUGUAAAACUUGGUGCGGGUGCUCAAUGGGGAGAUGUUUAUGAAUUUGCCCAUCAAUUCGGUUAUAUGGUCGUUGGUGGAGAUGCAAAUUCUGUUGGUGCUUCUGGCGGUUGGGGCUUAGGCGGAGGACAUUCGUUCCUCACACCAAAUUAUGGUCUCGGAGUGGAUAAUAUGAUGGAAGCUACGGUUGUCUUACCAACUGGUGAUGUAAAAAUUGCCAAUGAAUGUCAGAACACCGAUCUUUUCUGGGCUAUUCGCGGUGGUGGUGGUCCAUCAUUUGGUGUUGUGACGGAAAUGGUUUUUAAAGCACACAAGGAAGUACCGAUGGGUGUUGUCAAUGCGUUUUCAAACGGUUUAAGUUUCACUCAAUCCAAUCAACAAGCCUUGAUUGAAGCUUUGGCUGAAAUCGCACCUGCCCUUGGAAAUGCAGGAUUUGGUGGAAGUUUGGAGUUGUUUGGCCCGGUAGGAUUGGUGAUCCAGGGUAUUGUUCCUAACAAGACUGCAGAUGAGGUGAAAGCAUUAUUUGCACCAAUGUUCAACAAACUUCUUGCGAUCAACAAACAAGAUUUCGAGGCGUUUGUCAACUUGUUCCAAUUCUCGACACAGCCAACAUGGUAUGAUUAUGGUAAAACGGCAUUCUCUGGAAACCGUGGUUCAGGAUUCGGACUGGUGUUUGCAUCAAGAAUUAUUCCCGCAGCAACAUUUAACAAUCCAUCACAACUUGCCGAUAAGAUGAUUGAAGGAUUACAACAAGGAGCACUAUUCUUUUCCAUUUUGGCCGUUGGCGGUAACAAUACCGGUGCUCGAGCCGGAAACGAUCCAACAAAAACGUCCGUCACGCCAGCCUGGGAUACGGCAGUAUGGCAUGUGAUCUACUUCUCCAUCACAACUGGCAAUCAACCUGGAUCUUCUAUCCCUGCUGCAGCUUAUAAAACAGCACAUGAUUCUGCUGAAAUUUUACGUCAAUACUUACCCGAUAGCGGUGCUUAUCUUAACGAAAGUGAUUUAUUCGAAGAUGAUCCACCGACUGCAUUUUGGGGACAAGCGAAUUAUCAACGUUUGCUCACUAUCAAAAGACAGGUAGAUCCGCAAAAUUUACUCAAUAUAUGGCAUGGUGUUGGUUGGGUUGAAAAUGGAGGUACAUCUUUUGAGACGAGCGCUCCGGAUGGAGGACCGUACUCUUGUUACCCAACGAUUUCAUAA